CAAUUUGCUGUGGUUACCACGAGGCUUUGAGGUUUUAUUUUUAUUUAUAUUUUAUGCAUUAUAAAUUUAAAAAAAAUCUUGUAGUUAGAGAAGAAAGCUGCAAUUUCAAUUGGGUUUUUGUCUGAUCAUGAAUCAGAGGCCUUAAGGGAUCUUUUAUUUGAGUAGUUGCAAAAGAAGGCUGCCAAACAAAUUGCAAAAGAAAGCUGCAAUUUCAAAUGGGUAGUUGCCUGUUCAUGAAGCAAAGGCCUUAUAAGGUUAGGUGCAACUUUCCAUUGGAAAAUCCAUGUCUGCCACGUUCUUUUUCUAUGCUAUUUUGAUGUUGUUGCAGAAAGGAGGCUGUAAAUCCAUGGAAAAUGGAAUGGGUGUUUGGAUGAACUGAUUGGGCUUUUGUUUCUGGAUCUGUUGAAGCUUCAGUUAUGGGAGUUACUCUGUUUGUAUCAGUUUCCGUUUUGAUCUGGGCCCUUAUCGGUUGUGUUGAUUCCCGAAGACCUGAUGUUGUGAACAUUGGUGCCGUUUUUACUUACAAUUCAACGAUUGGGAUGGUUGCGAAGGUGGCCAUUGAAGCAGCCGUGGCCGAUGUCAAUGCAGAUUCAAGCAUUCUCAGUGGGACCAAACUGAAUUUGACCAUGGAGGAUUCAAAUUGUAACGUUUUCACUGGAGCUGUUGGAGCUUUACAGGUACUGGAGAAUGGUGCUGUGGCGGUACUUGGGCCGCAGUCCUCCUCAAUUGCUCAUAUGAUUUCUUUUAUAGCUGAUGGACUCCAAGUACCACUCGUAUCCUUUGCGGCCACUGACCCAACUCUGUCUGCGCUUCAAUUCCCCUUCUUCCUCCGCACAGCACUGAGCGACUCUUACCAAAUGACCGCCAUGGCCGAUUUGAUUGCUCACUAUAACUGGCGGGAAGUAAUUGCCAUUUUUGUGGAUGAUGAUCACGGGAGGAACGGGAUAGCCUUUCUAGAAGACAUACUUGCGAAGAGAAUGGCAAGGAUCCAUUCUAAGAUAGCUUUGCCAGUUCAUGCACCUCGUAGUUAUCUCAUGAAUAAACUGAAGGAAUCCAAAUUGAUUGGCCCACGCGUUUAUGUCGUCCAUGUGAAUCCUAAUAUGGGGCUUGAGAUUUUAUCGGUAGCUCAUCAACUUGAAAUGGUGACCGUUGACUAUGCAUGGCUGGUGACUGAUUGGCUUUGUACUGCUUUAGAUUCUUCCCAAGCUUUUGAUCGUAAUCUUCUGCAAGGAGUAGUAGGCUUUCGCCAACAUUUUCCAGAAUCAUCCCGCAAAACUGCUUUUGUGUCGAGGUGGAGGGAAUUGAUUGGAAAAGGUACCGUAAGUUCGACAUUGAAUGCAUAUGGGUUUUAUGCAUAUGACACGGUUUGGGUGGUUGCUCAUGCUAUUGACAAGUUCCUCAACGAGAAUGGGAAUAUUUCUUUCUCAUAUAACGAUAAGUUAGACAUUUUUCAAGGCACGAAGCUGCAUCUAGAAAAGCUCAAAGUCUUUGAUGGUGGGAAACUGCUAUUUGAGAAAUUACUCCAAACGAGUUUCACAGGUUUGACGGGUCCCGUUCAUUUUGAUCAUGAUCAUAACCUCAUGAAUGGUUCUUAUGAGGUCGUUAAUGUCGAUCGCACAGUGAUCCGUAGGGUUGGUUACUGGUCUAAUUUUUCGGGUCUGUCGGUUUUACCUCCCGAGAGAUUGAAUGGCAAACCACAGAACAGUGUUAGCUCGGAUCAGCAGCUUGGGCAGGUUACAUGGCCUGGUGGAAAGACAGAGAAGCCACGGGGUUGGGUGCUUGCAACCAAUGAAAGACCAUUGAUCAUUGGAGUGCCGAAAAGAGCCAGUUUUGUCGAAUUUGUGAUAGUAAGAAAUGACACCGGUGACAUCGAAGGAUACUGUAUUGAUGUGUUUAAGGAGGCGCAGAAAUUACUUCCUUAUCCUCUCCCAUACAAGUUCGUGCCUUUCGGGGAUGGCCGGACCAAUCCCAGUUAUGAUGAGCUCGUGCAUAGGGUUCAAACAGAGGAAUUUGAAGCAGCUGUUGGAGACAUUACAAUUGUUACGAACCGUACGAAAAUUGUGGAUUUCACUCAGCCUUAUAUUGCUACUGGUCUCGUGAUCGUGGCUCCCAUCAAAAGUUCAAAGUCAAGUGCUUGGGUUUUUCUCCAACCAUUUACAGUGGAAAUGUGGUGUGUCACUGGAGCAUUCUUCUUCCUAAUCGGAUUUGUUAUUUGGCUUCUUGAGCAUCGGACAAACGAUGAUUUCCGUGGCCCACCAAGGCAACAGUUCAUAACCAUGCUCCUGUUUAGCUUCUCAACGCUGUUUAAGACAAACCAAGAAGAAACUUUGACCACUCUUGCACGCAUGGUGAUGAUGGUAUGGCUUUUCCUGUUGAUGGUGAUCACGUCGAGCUACACGGCCAGCUUGACUUCGAUCCUUACAAUCCAACAGCUGUCAUCGCCGAUCACAGGGAUUGAUAGUUUGAUAGCAAGCAACGAGCGCAUUGGAUAUCAAGUGGGAUCUUUUGCUCGGAGUUAUAUGAUAGAGAGUCUUAACAUACCUCAAUCAAGGCUCGUGGUACUUGACAACCCAGAAGAAUAUGAAAGAGCACUGCGGCUUGGACCAAAGGUUGAAGGGGGUGUAGCUGCAAUUGUAGACGAGCUUCCAUAUGUAGAACUCUUUCUGUCGAAGAGGGAUGGUUUUGGCAUCAUUGGGGAUAUGUUCACCAAGAGCGGAUGGGGAUUUGCUUUCCAGCGAGAUUCUCCCCUUGCUGUAGACAUGUCUAGUGCAAUCCUGAGACUGUCUGAGAACGGGAAGCUUCAGGAGUUGCACGAGAAGUGGUUUUGUAAUGGGAUGAGCUGCGAAAUCCAACAAAACCGUCGAGGAUCUGACCCCAACCAGCUCCAUAUAAACAGCUUCUGGGGACUCUUUCUCCUCUGUGGGGUCGCCACCCUCAUCGCGUUUUUCGUGUUUCUACUACGAUCGGUCCGUCAAUUUGCUCGCUACAGACGGAAAGAAAGAGUUCACUCUAACAUGCCGGAAGUAUCGACAAGGGCUAGCUUUUCACAGGUCAUCUACCGCUUCUUUGACUUCAUUGACGAGAAAGAAGAAGCUAUAAAGAACAUGUUCAAGCAGCACGAGAGUACUGAGCCUCAGGUAAGCUGAUCGAUAGUAUGAUCUCUCUGUCCAUGGCUUUGGUCAGCUUUUUUCUUUAAGUGUACAUACAAAGUUUCAUUAUCUGAAGAGUAUUUUGUCAUAAAUUAUCAGAUCGAGAUUGUCUUUAGAAGAUCAUGUAGAAUAUGAACUGAUAUAUAUAUAUAUAUAUAUAUG